AUGCUAAAACUGCAACAUCCGGUGGAGAAGAAAGUGGGCGACGGGGAGCGGAGGGUGAAGAGACGGUCACCGACGGGGAGCGUGGUCUACUCCUCCUCUGACAUAGUGAUCGGCAUCAUCGACACCGGAAUCUGGCCAGAGUCGCCGAGCUUUGGAGGCGACAAGGCGUGGAGAAUCCCCCCACCAGCAGGCUGGAACGGAACAUGCGAGACAUCGAAAGAUUUCAAUAAGUCGGCAUGUAACGGGAAAAUUGUGGGGGCAAGAUCCUACGUGAAUGGGAGCGCAAGAGACAUUUUCGGGCAUGGUACCCAAGUCGCCUCCAUUGCCGCCGGAAUGAAGGUGAAGGCAUCAUACGAAGGCCUCGCCGCCGGGACGGCCAGAGGCGGGUCAGAGCGGUCGAGGAUUGCUGUUUACAAUGUCUGCGACCCCGAUUUGGGGUGCGGUAACGCAGCAAUACUGAGCGCUUUUGACGAUGCCAUCUCCGAUGGCGUGAAGGUGAUAUCUGUCUCCGUGGGCGAGGAAGAUGACGAUGAUGAGGACAAGGAGGGCCUCCACGAUUUCUUGGUCGAGGAUGGAGUCUCGAUCGGGGCCUUCCACGCCGUGGAAAGAGGGAUCACGGUUGUCUGCGCCGGCGGCAACUUUGGCCCGCAUCCGGGCACCAUCGGCAACGACGCGCCGUGGAUUGUGACGGUGGCGAGCUCGACGACAGACAGAGAAAUUCAGAACCACAUCUUGCUGGGUGAAGGCACAAUCAUUAAGGGUGAAGCGCUCGGGAUUCCCAAGUUCUUCAACCGGUCGGCUGUCUACCCAUUGACGUCCGGCGAGGCAGCCAAGGAACGGAACGUAACCAGUGAAGCCGCAAGGAAUUGUAGGGUUGGGACGCUGCGUGCGUCGAAAAUCAAAGGGAAAAUUGUCUUUUGUGAGAACAGCGUGGGUGGAAUUACCCAUGUGACCCAACAAGACGCUGAAGUGCCUGAUAAGGGCGGGGUUGGACUCAUCACGGUGGAUGACGUCAGGAGGAGAGUCACAAACUUCAGGGAACACUACCCUACGACGGUCAUAAGUUCACAAGAGAGUUUUAAAAUGAAAGCUUACCUAAAUUCUACAAGGAAACCCGUGGCGACUUUUCUUCCCAGCGUAACCGUCUUCGGGUACAAACCAUCUCCCCAGCCUGACAUAAUGGCGCCGGGGGUCGACAUUCUUGCCGCGUGGGCCAGCAACGACUACUCCUACAUAGUAGAAACCGGGACAUCGAUGGCCUGCCCACACGUCUCCGGCGUGGCGGCCAAUGUAAAGUCGGCGAUGCCGUUUCUCAGCCCCACGGGCGUGAAAUCGGCGAUCAUGACAACAGCAUUUUCGACCAACAAUGCGCGGGGCCCGAUCACCACCGACGAGGGAGACUUGGCGGGGCCAUACGACAUGGGAGCUGGGCUGGUCCACCCGGCCGGAGCGGUGAGCCCCGGUCUCGUCUACGAGACCACGACGGAAGAAUUCCUCCACUUCCUCUGCUACCGAGGCUACAACACCACAACGGUCAGGGCCAUGUCAAGGACCGCCUCACCGAGCUUCUGCUGCCCAGCCGGGGGUGCCAACCCAGACGCUAUAUCUUCGCUGAACUACCCGUCGAUCUCGGUCGGGUUGAGCCGCCGGGUGUGCCGGGCGACCAGGACCGUCCCGCGGCGCUUGACCAACGUUGCGCCGGCCGGGCAAGGCACCUGCUGGGUCUACAACGUGUCUGUCGGGGUCGACGACGCAGAAGCUGUUGCCGUGGAGGUGUUCCCCAAGGUGCUGCGCUUCUCCGAGAUCGGGGAGACCAAGGAAUUCAAGGUCAGGUUUGAGAGCAAGCAGGGCUGUAGUACCGAUGAUGAUGCCGCUGCAGAGAAGAAAGUUGUGACCGGCUGGAUCAAGUGGUCCAACCCACAUUUUACGGUUCGGUCCGUGUUUGUGGUGGCUUUGUAUUGAACGGUGUUGGAUCAAGGCGUGGAAGAAGCCUGGGAGACUGAGGAAUCCGUAUCCUCUGCGGAGAAGGAUUGGAGUGGUGCCAAACCCAGAAGAUCAAAUUAAGUCUUAAUUUGGUGAAGCAAUGUUGUUUUGUUCAAAUAAGUGAUAUUGUAUCGUAUGCAGUAUUACAUUGUUGUUAGUUUAUUGGUUGUGUUUGUUUGUAUUUAAGUCCAACGGGUAGUUUGGUUGAGAGCUUUCAGCUCAUGUAGUGAUAAGUAAUUAGCAGAUUGUGGUGGGUUGAAAUCAGGGUGUUGAGUUGAAGUUGUUGAUAUUGUAACAUGGAUUUGUGACUAAGAUCAAUCUAAUUAUGGUGUUCGUGUUGAUCCAUCAAUAAAGUUGUC